AUGGCUGUGGUUAGUGGAACUUACCGCAUGGUGUCGGAGGAGGAGCAGGCUCUCAGGGCCAAGCUGGAACGUCUCACCGUCAAGGACCACGGGCCGGUGUUUGAACCCUGCGCCAGCCUGCCGGACCACACCAAGCAGAAGGCCAAGGACGAGCUGAACGAGACGGAUGAGAAGAAGGUGGCGGCGGUGAAGGAGCUGCGAGAAAUAAUCAAGGAGAAGGCCGAUGCGGGUGACGACCUGGCCAAAGGGGUGCAGGACACCUUUGGGGAGAAACCGGACAGUUUGCUGGUCCGCUUCAUCCGGGCCAGGAAGUACGAUGUGCCCAGAGCCUUCGACCUCAUGAAGGGCUACGUGCGUUUCAGGAAGGAGUACCCCGAGCUGUUUGAGAAUCUAACCCCCGAGGCCGUACGCAGCACCAUCGAGGCCGGAUACCCCGGCAUCCUGCCCAGCAGAGACAAAUACGGCCGCGUGGUUCUGCUCUUCAACAUCGAGAACUGGGACUACGAGGAGAUCACAUUCGAUGAGAUCCUGCGUGCCUACUGCGUGAUCCUGGAGAAGCUGCUGGAGAACGAGGAGACUCAGAUCAACGGGUUCUGCAUCAUUGAGAACUUCAAGGGCUUCACCAUGCAGCAGGCGUCGGGAAUCAAACCCACGGAGCUCAAGAAGAUGGUGGACAUGUUGCAGGAUUCGUUCCCUGCUCGUUUCAAAGCUGUCCACUUCAUCCACCAGCCCUGGUAUUUCACCACCACCUACAAUGUGGUCAAACCACUCAUGAAGGGCAAGCUGCUGGAGAGGGUGUUUGUCCACGGAGACGAGCUGGAAAACUACUACAAGGAGUUUGACGCCGACAUCCUCCCCUCUGAGUUUGAUGGAAAAGGCUCAAAGUACGACGGCAAAGCCACGGCGGCCAAUCUCUUCGACUAA